GCGAGGGCCCCCUCCGGAAGGUGAGCGGGAUGGAUUGGACUCCGGCGGGGAACGCGGGUGUCUCGAAGUGGUGCUAAUGGGAAGAGGUUUCUGCUCCCCAAAGAAGAUGCGCUGCCACAAAGAGCGGCUCGCGCGCCGGCCUGGGCUCUAGCCCGGCAGACAACCCGGGAGAACUCCGAGCUCUGAGCGCUCGGCGAAGACCCGGGCAACAUGCCUGUUCGCAGGGGGCAUGUGGCACCGCAAAACACCUUCCUGGGGACCAUCAUACGGAAAUUUGAAGGGCAGAAUAAAAAAUUUAUCAUUGCAAAUGCCAGAGUACAGAACUGUGCCAUCAUCUACUGCAAUGAUGGCUUCUGUGAGAUGACUGGUUUCUCCAGGCCAGAUGUCAUGCAGAAGCCGUGCACCUGCGACUUUCUCCAUGGGCCUGAGACCAAGAGGCAUGAUAUUGCCCAAAUUGCCCAGGCGUUGCUGGGGUCGGAGGAGAGGAAGGUGGAGGUCACCUACUAUCAUAAAAAUGGUUCCACUUUUAUUUGUAACACUCAUAUAAUUCCAGUGAAGAACCAAGAGGGUGUGGCUAUGAUGUUCAUCAUUAAUUUUGAGUAUGUAACAGAUGAAGAGAAUGCUGCCUCCCCAGAGAGGGUAAACCCAAUAUUACCAGUCAAAACUGUAAACCGGAAACUAUUUGGAUUCAAAUUUCCUGGUUUGAGAGUUCUAACAUACAGAAAGCAGUCCUUGCCACAGGAAGACCCGGAUGUGGUCGUCAUUGAUUCCUCUAAGCACAGCGAUGACUCCGUGGCCAUGAAGCAUUUCAAGUCUCCCACGAAAGAAAGUUGCAGUCCCUCUGAAGCAGACGAUACGAAAGCCUUGAUACAGCCUAGCCAGUGUUCUCCUUUAGUGAACAUAUCCGGGCCUCUAGACCACUCCUCUCCCAAAAGACAAUGGGACCGCCUCUACCCUGACAUGCUGCAGUCAAGUUCCCAACUAACACACUCCAGGUCAAGGGAGAGCCUCUGUAGCAUCCGGAGGGCAUCUUCAGUUCAUGAUAUAGAAGGGUUCAGUGUCCACCCCAAGAACGUAUUCAGAGAUCGACAUGCCAGCGAAGACAACGGUCGCAAUGUCAAAGUUUCACGUUCCUGGAUGGCAGGGGGGCCUUUUAAUCAUAUCAAGUCAAGCCUGCUGGGAUCCACGUCGGAUUCAAACCUCAACAAAUACAGCACCAUUAACAAGAUUCCUCAGCUCACUCUGAAUUUUUCAGAUGUCAAAACUGAAAAAAAGAAUACAUCUCCUCCUUCUUCUGAUAAAACUAUCAUUGCUCCCAAGGUUAAAGAACGGACACACAAUGUGACAGAGAAAGUGACCCAGGUUCUUUCUUUGGGAGCAGACGUCUUGCCAGAAUAUAAGCUUCAGACGCCGCGCAUCAACAAAUUUACAAUCCUGCACUAUAGCCCUUUCAAAGCCGUCUGGGAUUGGCUCAUUUUACUACUGGUCAUUUAUACUGCUAUAUUCACCCCGUACUCUGCAGCCUUUCUCCUCAACGAUAGAGAGGAACAGAAAAGGCGAGAAUGUGGCUAUUCUUGUAGUCCUUUGAAUGUGGUAGACUUGAUUGUGGAUAUCAUGUUUAUUAUAGACAUUCUAAUAAACUUCAGAACAACCUAUGUAAAUCAGAAUGAAGAAGUGGUAAGUGAUCCUGCCAAAAUAGCAAUACACUACUUCAAAGGCUGGUUCCUGAUUGACAUGGUGGCAGCCAUCCCUUUUGACUUGCUGAUUUUUGGAUCAGGUUCUGAUGAGACAACCACACUAAUUGGUCUUCUGAAGACUGCGCGUCUCCUUCGUCUUGUGCGCGUAGCCAGGAAGCUGGAUCGGUACUCAGAGUAUGGCGCUGCGGUUCUAAUGCUCUUAAUGUGCAUAUUUGCCCUGAUUGCCCACUGGCUGGCUUGCAUCUGGUACGCGAUUGGGAAUGUAGAGAGGCCCUAUCUGACUGACAAAAUUGGAUGGUUGGAUUCCUUAGGACAACAAAUUGGGAAACGUUACAAUGACAGUGACUCGAGUUCCGGACCUUCCAUUAAAGACAAAUACGUCACGGCACUUUAUUUUACCUUCAGCAGUUUAACCAGUGUAGGAUUUGGAAAUGUGUCUCCCAACACCAAUUCGGAGAAAAUCUUUUCCAUUUGUGUCAUGUUGAUUGGCUCCUUAAUGUAUGCAAGCAUUUUUGGGAAUGUUUCUGCAAUUAUUCAAAGACUAUACUCGGGAACUGCCAGGUACCACAUGCAGAUGCUGAGAGUGAAGGAGUUCAUCCGCUUCCACCAAAUCCCCAACCCUCUGAGGCAACGGCUUGAAGAAUAUUUCCAGCACGCGUGGACAUACACCAACGGCAUUGACAUGAACAUGGUCUUGAAGGGAUUUCCAGAAUGUUUACAGGCUGACAUUUGCCUCCAUCUAAACCAGACUUUGCUACAAAACUGCAAAGCCUUUCGAGGCGCCAGUAAAGGCUGCCUGAGAGCUCUGGCCAUGAAGUUCAAAACCACCCAUGCCCCUCCAGGAGACACCCUGGUCCACUGUGGGGAUGUCCUAACCGCACUGUACUUCUUAUCCAGAGGCUCCAUUGAAAUCCUCAAGGAUGACAUAGUGGUAGCUAUCCUUGGAAAAAAUGAUAUCUUCGGGGAAAUGGUUCAUCUUUACGGCAAACCCGGCAAGUCUAACGCUGAUGUGCGAGCACUCACGUACUGUGACCUGCAUAAGAUCCAGCGCGAAGACUUACUGGAGGUCCUGGACAUGUAUCCCGAGUUUUCUGACCACUUUCUGACCAAUCUAGAGCUGACUUUCAACCUGAGACACGAAAGUGCAAAGUCCCAAUCUAUAAAUGAUUCCGAAGGGGACACCGGGAAACUGCGAAGAAGGAGACUAUCCUUUGACAGCGAAGGCGAAAAAGAUUUUAGCAAGGAAAACAGUGCAAAUGAUGCUGAUGAUUCUACAGAUACAAUAAGACGUUAUCAGAGUUCCAAGAAGCAUUUUGAAGAGAAGAAAAGCAGAUCAUCAUCAUUCAUCUCCUCCAUCGAUGAUGAACAGAAGCCGCUCUUCCUGGGAACAGUAGAUUCUACUCCAAGAAUGGUGAAAGAAACCAGACUCCAAGGUGAAGAAACAAUAGCCCCCUCAGGAAGAAUUCACACAGACAAAAGGAGUCACUCCUGCAAAGAUAUCACUGAUCCUCACAGCUGGGACAGAGAGCAUGCCCGGGCUCAACCAGAAGAAUGCAGUCCCUCAGGAAUUCAGAGGGCUGCCUGGGGCAUCUCUGAGACAGAAAGCGACCUCACCUACGGGGAAGUGGAGCAAAGGUUAGACUUACUUCAAGAACAACUUAACAGACUUGAAUCCCAAAUGACAACGGACAUCCAGACCAUCCUACAGCUCCUGCAGAAACAAAGCACGGUGGUCCCUCCGGCCUACAGCAUGGUGACCGCAGGAGCAGAGUAUCAGAGGCCCAUCCUCCGUCUGCUGAGAACCAGUCACCCCAGAGCAUCCAUUAAGACUGACCGGAGUUUCAGCCCCUCCUCACAGUGUCCUGAAUUUCUCGACCUUGAAAAAUCUAAACUCAAAUCCAAAGAAUCACUCUCAAGUGGAAGGCGUCUGAACACAGCCUCAGAAGACAACUUGACUUCACUUUUAAAACAAGACAGUGAUGUGUCUUCAGAGCUUGACCCAAGACAGAGAAAAACUUACCUUCAUCCCAUCCGGCAUCCAUCUCUGCCAGAUUCUUCACUAAGCACUGUAGGGAUCUUGGGUCUCCACAGGCAUGUUUCUGAUCCUGGUCUCCCAGGAAAGUAAUCAUUUUGUACUAUUUCCUCCACAUCCAAUGUAAGUGCUUUUAAUGGCUGUUUUCCUUUUUGUAUUUAAAUCCUCUCUACUUGACUCAGGGGCUCACAAGGUACCAUUAUAUGCAAAAGUACUGUAUAUUUUUCCUAAAUUGAAGCUUGUAAGGUAACAUUGAGCAGUUAGGAUGUAAAUAUACAUAAGAGCUUUUGGUUCCAAAUGUUAAAACUGCCAGCAUCUCAAGGCACCUUAUUUUUAAUUUUAUUUUUUAAAUCAUGUGCAUGUUAGGAAACUCCAGUUUCUCUUGCAUGGAGACUCCUAUGGACCGCUUUUAUUGAUCCAGUGCUUCAUUAUGAAAAUGCCUUCCAAGCAAAUAAGAAGCCAAGGAAUGAAAGUGUUUAUAAAUGCAACUCAGAUAAUCCCCAAAUUAUGGGAGGUCAAGGGAGAUAAAGAGAAGUUAAUCACUUUGGAGAACAGAUAUCCUUCUGUGUUGACAUGUUUAGACUCACAUUCAUUUCGUAUAAUAAUUAAAAAAAAGAUGCAAAGUUUGAGUUUUACAUAUCAGUCAGAAAGGGAGCAAAAUCCAAAAAGUACCAAAAGAUAUAAAUUUUUUGAGGAGAUGGGUUUAUUAAACUUCAGAUUACAUGUGAGGUUUCAGCAGUAACUCGGGCCCUCCUGGUUUCACGUCCCAGCUUACAUAAGACCUUCCACAAGAGCUACUCAUUUUGGAGAGGUGACAGCUUUUGUUCCCGGCUUCCAGCGGUGAGGAAAUUGUGGGAAGCAGUUGCCUGCUCCCAGCUUUCUCUGGCCAGUGAGCAGUCUGUCGGUAAGAAGGAUCUCAACUCUGCUUUUAGGCAGGCCAGUGGGAGGAGAACAGAAAGAGCUGGUGUGAUUUCUGCCCUACCUUUGGACAGACUGAAGAGACACAACACUCCCUCCAAGCUUUUGUCUUCAGCUAAACAAUCAUGAAGACAAGACAACAUUAGUGAGAGAAUAAACCGGUCUCUCUAGGAAAUUCUGCAGUAGCUGCAAUAACUGAAGGCUUGAAAUGAAGAUUAUUUUGUAUGUUGUGGGUGGUCCUUCACAUGCCACUUAGACAAAAGGACAUUUCUUCAGAUUUACAUAUGAGAACAACCUUGCAUUUGAUUAACUGGUAGACGCUCAUGUUUGUUUCAAAAAUAUCUAAUUUCAGAGUAUUUAUGUCAACAAAACUCUUUUAAAGAAUGGGUUGUUUCCUUAUUUUCUUACCCCAGCUGUGGCAAACAGCGUUCACUGAGCCAUCUAGAGAUUCUUAAAUUAAUUGAAAAUUAAGUGAAAAAUCAAUUACAUAUCAUUUGGGCUGAUUAUACAUUGACUCCAAACCAGAGGCUAUAUAGUAGAAGAAUAUAUCCUAACAUCUUUGAAAGUUAGGUACUAUUUUGGGGACAGAAAUGGCAUUUGGGUCAUAAAAUCAGCACAGAAAAAAAUAUAAUUUAUAACUCAUUUGGACAAACUCCAGUUAAAUUCCAUUUCAAACUCAGUGAUAAUUUUUAAAUUAUCAGAGGCUUAUUACUGUGUUCUUUUCUACUGAACACUCAGGCGGUUUUUGAAGGCUUCUUAUUUUUUCUAAUUUAUGUGCUUCCACUGAGCUUUAAAUAGCAUUUCAUCUAUACGUUAUUGAAUGGUUGAAUUUUCCCUCACCUUUGACACUAAUCUGUCAGUCCCAUUCAAAUGCAAGCAAUUUGUUAAAUGCGCAUAACACCACUACUCUAUUUAAAAUGUGAUUAGAUUGUCCUUAAAUUGUUCCCUCUAUACUGUUAGCCAUCACAGAAUUUGCUAGUCUGAUCUGUGUGGGAGGGAAUCUGUACACAGGGCAUGCUCUUAGUCUCAGUUUAAGAAAAGUAAUCAUAAGUGAUGGCAUACUUACGGCAAAAGACCAGCCAAGUCAACAAAAGUAUAAUUAGAAUGGGUUUCUCAGAUGAUCUGAUAGGGUACAGACAUUUGAAUGAGGUUCUGUACGCAGGAAAGAGAAAGUGGCGAACAAUUUAGAUAUGGUUUUAGGAAUCUCAUUUCCACAUCGGGACACAUUUCUGCGGCUGCGACAGAUCUCCUAUGGAAUAUUCUGCCUAAGCUCUUCGAGCAUUCAGAAUAAAUUCGGGAGAGACUGCUCAUUUGUCAGGAGAGAGGAUUUGGCAGGUGAGGAGCUGAGAUCUGAUUGUUUGACUAGGGGAUGUUCCCGCUGCAGCAUUUGGUACAACAGUUCAGCUGGGUGAAGGCCUCGGUUUAUAUUCUUUAUAGAAACUGGCCACACAGGAAAGGGGAGGUAAUGGGUGGUUCACAAGCAUCCAGCUGGUUUAAAUUCUAGCUCAACACAAACCCCUCUCCUUAAUUCCUCCGCAUACAGGACUUGUUUGCUGUUUAAAUCCUGAGUCUCAGAGGGCCAUGUAGGAAUAAGGAGACCUUUUUUAUUGUUUGUUUGUUUUUCUAUAGAAAAUUAGUUUUAAAACUGCCAAAGCAAUAUAAAGCUAUAUAUAGUCAUAAAUGUAAGAUGAAAACAGUUUAACUGGCUUAUGGGUAAUAAUAGGAAUUAUCUUAAUGUACAAUAUGCACCCUAAAAAUGGCUUUAUAAUAAAUAGCAUUACCCUAUCAUCUAUAGCAAAAGCAACCUGUCACCUCCACCUUGGGGUUCUGCCCAAGGCUAGGUCUAACUGUUGCACCAGCCAAACAGCAGUGUGGCAGCUGCUUUCCUUAGAGGGGAUUAGAAGCACUGAUGUCAAAAGCACCUUUUGUUUUUAACCCAAAAUUAGGAUCUGGUUCCAAGUCCUUAAAAAAAAAAUGCUGUCUUAAAAGUUUAUUUGGAUGAGAUAUUCUCCUGCUGCUAUUAAUUGCUGGACAGAGAAUUGCCUCUAAGACUCAUCAUUUCAUCCCAGAGGGGAGUCCCAUACUUUAAUUAGCUGAUGAGAAAAGCAGGAAAAAAGAAAUACAGAAGUGAUGUUUUUAAUAUAAUAGUCAGUAAUUCAACAAACAGGGGAAAGCAGGGGGCUAAUUUGGGACAGUGUAAAUUUUAAGUUUAUUAUAAUGAACUGGCCAUGAGAAUUAAGCUUUUUCUACUAUUCCAGUCAGGGGAGAGGGCAUACUGACAUUGGGAAUCAGGUUUAAUAUGUGUGUAUUAGAACUCAAGACUGCACAGACUCGAACUUGUACAAAACACCUACGAGAAAAACAUUUGUAUCCAAAUGUUGCUUUCAAAUCCCAACUUACACAUUAUAGGUAAAGAUAAAAUGUGUCACCUCCUCAGUGUAUAUAAAAAAGAAAAGCAAUUAAUAAUGAAUAACAUUGUUUUAUAGUCAGAAAAAAGCAAUUCAGUAAGUUAAUCAGUUAUUAGAAAUGACCUGUAACUGGCUAUAAUUUAAUGUAAAUGACUCUAUAGUGUUGAUUCAUGGAUGACACUAAACCAGAAAAUGAGGUUUGGACAUAUUAAUGGGCUUAUUAUUCGAUUUUUAAAAAGCUCUUAGGUAAAAAAAAAACAUCUGAGUUGUUAUUCUCAUUUUUGUAGUAACAUAAAUAUGCCAGUCCUGGGCAUUCCAAGAGGCACUAGGAAGAUAGGUUGCUGGGCCUGUCCUCAAGCAGUGCUCACAUCACCUAGGAACAUAGACCUCAUCCCAAAUCCACUGAAUCGGAAACAUGGAGGCCGGGACCCAGCGGCGCUCCUUCAGCGAGCUGUCUUUCACACGCCCUCGGUGCACACUCAAACACUGAGGUCCACAGCCGGUACAUGGUAGUCAAGCCAACUCCAUCCUAACCUUCAUUCACAUGCUGUGUGACCCUGAGGGAAUUAAUUACCCUCUUUGAGUUCUUCCCUGAACCUGUAAAAAGUGAGGCGAGAGUCCCGCCUCACUAAAGUUUCAGAAGAAACAAAAUCAAAUUGGAAAAAAAAAAAAGUGCCUGGCACAAAGUAGGUGCUUAAAAAAAUUCUAAAAUCCACCCCGCCCACCCUCCACCCUCCAACAUGACAUUAAAAAACAAUUAGGAAGAUAAGUUUGUUUUCUUUUGCACAAGUGCUAAGUAACUAAAUCGCUGUUUCCAUGACUAAAGCUUUUGAUGCAGAGAAACUUAACUGUAGCUACAAUCUUCCCUUAAUGUUGUGCUAUUAGCGCUACAGCUCUAAAGUAAUAAUACUGUCAAUAACGUGGUGGGAAUAUGACCUUCCCUGUUUAAAAAAAAAAAAAUGCCUGCUCUGAACUGUUGUUAAAUUCUGCAAGGCUAGUGCACUGUGCUUGGACAUGACAGAGUUCCCAGAUGGAUAUUUGAAACUAUUUACGAAAUUCAAUUUUGAUAGUAAACACAAUUGCUGUUUUUACAAAGACUGGAACUUGACCCCGGUGGCGGCAGGCCCCCCGAUCCUUCCUCUCACUGCCCAAAAUGCAUUCUAUAGAUCUUAGACACCCGAGUUCUCAUGUGGGAUGCUGGAAACGGCAAAAUCAAAGCCCACCUUUUCCAUGUAUGAUUGACGAAUAACCCAAAACAAAGUGAUUAAAAAAACAAAAACAAAAACAAAAAAAACCUAAAGCAAAGCGAUUUCUGAAAUCUCUCUCAAAUGUACGCGUGGGAGUGCGUGCAGGCCAUGCGUUGCAUAAAGUUUCAAGUUCACCCUGUGCCUUGUGCUCCACCACAGAGCCGUGCUCCUGGGCUACCACGUGAAAACAUUCCCACCGUUCUCUCCUCCCCCUAACUCUCCACACUGACACUCAGUAUGGAAUAGAAACUCACGAAGUGGCUUUCAGGCAGUUGCCAAAAAUGAGGCUUUUCUAGAAGGAGACUGUUAGUGUUGGGGUGACCGCUUCUGUGUUAGCUCCCAAGGGCCUCGUGCACAGAAUGACUCAUCCACACCGCAGAUGCUGUCUGGGCUUGAGCUAGGUUGUCCCUGCUCUUCCUGAUUUCCCAGGUGUUCUCACUCACAGCUGUAUGCUUGCGGUAGCUAAAGGGGAUGUUUUAACUUUUUAAAAACUGAAAGGGUAUCUCCAAUGCUUUACAAAAUAUUAGGUAUUGUGUCUGAGCAAGGCCCAUGUUUAUAAUGCCGUUAUAGUCUUUUGUGUUAAAAUACACUUUGUUCAGUACAGAAGAAAAGCCAUAAAAGACAUGAACUGACAUAUGACAGCAUUAAAAAAAAAAACAAAACAAAAAAACUACCACAGAGAUUAUUUUGUUGACUAUUUCAUGAAAGUUGAGAGACGACUAAUUGGAAGUUAUUUAAAACUACCGUUAUUACUAUAAAUGAGAAUAAAUCACUCAUAAAAAUGAAAUGUAUAUAAAACUAUAUAACCACUUGACCCAAUCCAUCACACUAGCAGACAUGAUCAAACUUUUCAACAUAUACAGCAAGAAAUGUUAUAGUAAUGCCCCCAAAUAAAUACUUUUAUUACGAGAAGUAGCAAUGUGUACAUGAUUAUAUUUAAAAAAUUCACGUCAAAACUUAGUUGAAUUCCUAAACUGUACUCAUGUCAUCUGUGGCGACUAUAAGUUAAGUAAAAUCACUUAGCACACAUGUAAUCUCAAGGCUUUACAUAUUGAACUUACAUUCUUUGGACUUCCUCUGGUGUUUUAUGAUGCAAUUUAUAAACUUAGAAUUGCGAAUAACCACAACUGUGAACAUUUUAAGUGUAUUAGUUCUCAUUCAAAUUUGUACUGUGUCUGAGCGCAGAAGGAAAGUCCACACUACGGUCCUUAUCACUAACUAGGAGGAAACUUGAAGGAUCAGCAAAGUUUGGAAGAGUGCUUCCUACAUUUUUCCUCAAAGACUCACAGAGAUACAACAGCAAUGAAAUGGCAUGGCACCCUUCUCCCAAAUGGUUAAAAAAAAAAAAGGACAGUAAAAAUAUCCAGAAAUCCCUAAUUUAUUCCUAGGCACCUACUGAUUUUAACAAAAGGCACAUUAGUUUUUUACAGCAGAAAUUUUCAUUUUAUAAUUCUAAUGAGAAAAUAUAUUGUCCCAGAAGGCUUGCCAGUCAAUGAAUACUGCAUUUCAGAAAAAAAAAAAAAAAAUAUGUGUGAUUACUUGAAAAUGUCAGUCACCUGCUAUAAGGAAGCUCACG